AUGAGGGAUAUAAAGAAGACAGAUGAGAAAAUGGAAGUGUGUUGUAAGGCGCUGCCGGGACGACAGGAGACAUUCGUAGUCCUCAUCUUUUAUCUUCAUCUGUGGUACAGGCCUAUAGCUGAAGCAAUUCAUCCGGACUGCGCCAUCAUCUCUCAGCACCUGAGGGCUCGGGAGGUUUGCAGCCAGACGAGGAAGAGCGAAGCGCAAAACAAGACCGACCACAGAUGUAACACAGAGUGGGAUGAGAUUGGCUGCUGGCUGAGAACUGAAGUUGGGCAGGUGGUCAACAUAUCAUGCUCUGAUGUCUUCCAGCAUUUCUCCAGCAAUCAAGGGUAUGUUUACAGGAACUGUACGGUGGAUGGCUGGUCAGAAAUGUAUCCACCCUACAACGAGGCCUGUGCUUUCAAUGACAACAGUGAGCCUGAAUCUGAGACGAGUUACCUCUCUACAUUCAGACAGGUUUACACUGUGGGCUACGCUACCUCGCUCAUCUCCCUCAUUACAGCCAUAGUGGUGUUCACAGUGUUCAGGAAGUUUCACUGCACCAGAAAUUACAUCCACAUCAACCUGUUCUCUUCCUUCGUCCUGAGAGCCAGCGCUGUUUUCAUUAAAGACACCGUUCUGUUUGCUGAUGAGACCCUGGACCACUGCUCGGUGUCCACGACAGCGUGCAAGUCAGCCGUGGCUUUCUUCCAGUUCAGCAUCCUGGCCAAUUACUUCUGGUUGCUGGUGGAGGGCAUGUAUCUACAGACCCUGCUGGCCCUGUCCUUCGUCUCUCAGAGGAAAUACUUCUGGUGGUACAUCCUGAUUGGAUGGGGGCUCCCGUCAACAGCUCUUAUACUUUGGGUGUUGACCAGAUUCUUCUAUGAUGACAGAGGUUGCUGGGAUGACACAGACAAUGUUCCUAUUUGGUGGAUUAUCAAAGGGCCAAUAACAGCCACGCUGCUGGUCAACAUAGUCAUCUUCAUCAACGUGAUCCGGAUCCUGGUUCAAAAGCUUAAAUCUUCAGCGAUGGCCGGGAACAAUGACACCAGACACUUUAUGAGGCUGGCUAAAUCCACCCUGUUCCUCAUCCCUCUGUUUGGGAUGCACUACACAGUAUUCGCCUUCCUGCCUGAGAACACUGGAGUGGCAGCCAGACUCUACAUUGAGCUGGGGCUGGGAUCCUUUCAGGGUUUUGUGGUGGCACUGCUUUACUGUUUCAUGAAUGGAGAGGUUCAAACAGAGCUGCGGAGAUGGCUGUGGAAGUGUCACAAUCAAAAUCAUCUCACCCCAGCCAAGCGAAGUAUCACUCAGAUCACAGUUCCAGCCCGCGGGGGGCUCGGGCGGCCUCCUUCUAGUGGCAACAUCUCUUCAGUAUGAUUUUUAAGAGAACAUCCAUGAGAUACAACUUGUUGUGAAAUGUGAGAAUGUCAAGGAAACUAUCAGAGGCAAAGCUCAAUCUGCUGAUGGCAUUAAUUCAACAACGCCUCUGUGAGAGGAGCGUAAUAAACACUGGUGAAUGAUUGAGAAAAUAUAUAUCAGUGUCAGCAGCAGCAAUGACCAUGAUAGCACACAUCACACAAUAGUUCUUGAUUUGUGAGGAUACCAUGGUGACACUGUGGAAAGGCAACAGUAGAGACAGAGGUGGCCCAGAGCUUUCAGGAGGAUGAUUUUACAUGGUUCUGUUUACAUUUUGGAGUACAAAAAUGAGCAAAUGUUGAGGAGGAUUAUGUAGAGAUGGCUGUGGAAACAAUGAGUGUUUGAACUUUGCUUAAUUAUGUAAAAUGAGGUUAACUUGUUCAAUUGUUUUGUGCUGCACUGAACAUAAGCAGUUUCAUUAUUUUGUUGCAGGCUGAAAAUAUGUGCAGGACUGAUAUGGACUGAAUUUAAAUAGCUCAUUACUGUAUUGUGUGAACAGUUAAUUUCAUUUAAUGUUAUAU